AUGAAACUGAAGGAGGGAUCGUUUCUGUGGUACCUCUAUCUGGACAAACUCUACUGCUUAUUAUCCGUGAGAAACGUGAAGGCCUUGGUGGAGUAUUUUUACCUGCUUGAUGUGCACCGCAAGAAAACUUUGAAUGAUGUGCUAUUCUACCACUUCCUGCAUCAUGUGACUAACUUGAAACGGAACCAGAUCACAAUUGUGUUUAACAUGCUGGACUGGAAUGCUGUGGGCGAGAUUGGUUUUGACCAGUUCUACAUGCUGGUUUGCAUACUCCUGGCACGGGAGAACCACCUGGAGGAGCAAUUUAUUUUCCGUCAUUCCCGGCCUGUUUUUGAGCUGCUUGACUUGGAUGGGGAGCUGAAAAUUGGUCCAGCCAACUUCCACAUGUACAACUUUCUCUUCAAUAUUAAAAAACAGCAACUCAGAGAGCUCUACCAUGACUUCGACAUCACAGGGGACCGCCUUCUUAAUUACAAGGAAUUUAAGCUGUUUACUAUCUUCUCUAUGGACAAAUACCAGGAGAGGCAGAAAGCAGAGAGAGAGAAGGAGGAGAAGGCUGUGCUCAAAAAGGUGUCACAUCAAGCUAAUAUCAACCCUGUCCAUUAG